UGCUGUUGCUUCCCCUGACGUUAACUUUGGACGACCGAUGCUCCAGCAGUAACUGCCAGCCCCCGAGUUGUCGCUGUCCGGGUCACAACAUCCCUGGAGGCUUCGAACCGGAGGAGGUGCCCCAGAUGGUUCUGAUCACCUUCGAUGAUGCCGUCAACUGGGACAACUGGGACUUUUACCUCCGCCUCUUCCCGCCGGAUGGAAGCCGGCGAACCCCAACGGCUGUCCGGCGGCGGCUACGUUGUUCGUAUCCAACAAUUUCACGGACUACUGCAUGGUGCGCAAGCUGCACGGACGCGGCUUGGAAAUCGCGGACCACAGUCUGACCACCGUCUGCCGCACGCCUGGUGGGCCGAGGCCUCGCGAGAGGACAUCGAGAACGAGAUCGUCACCCAGCGUCAUAACCUGGCCCAACUGGCGGACAUCCCCGUCACUGACAUCCGCGGCUGGCGAUCACCCUUCCUUCAGCCCAGCGGGGACAACAUGUUUGAGGUUUUGUACGAGAACAACUUCACGUAUGACGCCACCAUGACCUACCCGUUUCCCCGCAACGUCUUCUCACCCGUAAUGUGGCCUUUCACCCUGGACUACUCCUACACUUUGGUCUGCAACAUCCAGCCCUGCCCCAAGCAGACGUAUCCAGGGCUGUGGGUGAUACCUGUGGUGGUCAUGAUGGACUACCGCGAGCACCUGCCCUGCGCCUACGUGGACCAUUGCACCAACGAGCCCCGCAACCAGUAUGAAAGCUUCGAGAUGUUGUGGAAAAACUUUCUGCGCAACUACCGCACCAACCGCGCCCCGGUCUACGUCAACCUGCACUCCGUGUGGCUGGAGACAGAUUUCCACAUGGAGGCCAUGGAUGAAUUCAUUCAGCGCCUGCUGGGCAUGAAGGACGUGUACCUGCUGUCGGUGCAUAAGGCUCUGGAGUGGGUCAGCCACCCGACACCGCUGUCACGCAUCAUGGACUUCAAGCCCUGGCAGUGCGACUUCACGCCGAACCAGGAGGACAAGGAGUUCUGCUCCUUCACCUUCCGUCCCAUCAAGUCCACCACCACCCGCCGCACCACCACCACUUCCCGCACGCGCUACCACAACACCGCCGAAGACCAAGACAACGACAUCGACGAUGAGGAGGAUAGAGACCACAACGGCUUUGCGAAAGAGAACAUGGAAGACAAUAGGGGGAAGGGACACAGACAUCACGCACACCGCCCGUGGUUUCUGAGGGGCACCGCGGUCAGCUCCCUCCCGCCAGUCGAGGUUAUCCUGCUGCUUGCAGGGCUGAGUGUUCUCAUGUUUGUGAGCACGUGACGUGAAUAAAUGAAUGUUGUUACAGAGAGAGAGCGAGAAAGAAAGUAUAAAUUGUGUGUGUGAGAGAGAGAAGAGCGAACGGCAAGUAUAAAAUUUGUUUUUAGUUGUUCUGUUGUCGAAUUACUAGCAGUAUGAUAAAUAACUUUUGUCGUUUUAAAACGUAAAGCUUUCGUUUCCAUCACGUAGUGACGUAAGAUUGUAUUUACCGGAACUCCUGCUGAGGACAAUCAUUUCUGUGUACAUGCGCGUGAUUGCAAUAGCAUUGUGCACAAGAUCACGUGUUCAUGGCGACACUGACGGACACCAGUUGCCCCGAGCUUUAACAAAAUUCUCAAUGCAUUCUUCAAGAAGGAUUUUCUCUUUGACAACAGACAUGGCGCGUUUGUUUUCCUCACUUCAAUUACAACUUUUAUGUCAUGUCAGAUGAUCAUCAUUAUUACAGGAAAUGUGAUCUCUAUGUUUUUAUCACGAUUCUUUUGUUUUUUGUUUAUCCUAAUAAAGUCUUUUG